AUGCCCGAUCGAUCUUUCAAAUAUGUUCAUUAUGUUUAUGAAAUGGUUUAUUUAAGGAUUAAGAAUUUGCGAAGACUUAGCUCAGAAAUUAAUAUUUCUAGUGGUACGGCUAAAUUGUUUUUAUUGGCGAUGAUCCAACAAAAAUCUCAUCCACAUGUUCGCGAUGAUACAAUAUUUAUUAAAAUCAUAGUUGAUGUUGGUGAUAUGUCAAAAACUCUGAUGCAUUAUCAACAAUUAUUGAUUAAUAAAGAAGAAGAAGCAUUAUUGCUUUCACAACAAUCAAUUGAAACUGACCGUGGCCAUGAUAAUUCCAACAGUCGACAAAGUUUUACAUGA